AUGUUUUUCAGAUCUAAGAUGCAGGAUAAGCAACAAGAGUUGACCAUCCCUAUGAACACCGACGAAAGUUGGGACGCAGAUGAUGAGGACUCUGGUUCCGAUUCUUUUAACUUGUCACCGAUGUCAGAGGUACUAGGACUGAAAUCCAAGAAAGAUGUCCCCCGCCUAUUCCGUUUCCGGGUGCGCCGCGAAGAAGACAAGUUCCUAGGCGCCUCAGGUAAGUCCGAUGGCUGGAUUAACAUCUCUCAUUUUCUUUGGGACAUGUGCGCUACACUCGCCGACGCAGGCACUGAUCGGGAAUGGACAGCGACAUUCGAGAAGUGGCGACCCCAGUGGAACACGAUCCAGGCGCAGGUGAAGGGAUACGGAUAUACUCAGUUUUCUUCUGAGAUCCCUCCGGCGCCCGUUGAUCUCGCCUUGAUUCAAUUUUUUGGAUCUCAGUUUGACGGACAGGUUAGGGGAUUUGAGAUUGAACAGGAGGAUCUGAAUACUGAGCCCGAUUCUCGGGAUAUCUGGACUCUUUGGCGGUAUAUUAUUGAGACGCCUGCUGGUGAGAUUAAGGAGUUUAAUGUUACUCUUAGAGAUACUCCGAGGCUUAUGGGUUCUCAGUAG